GUUGUUGGGAACUGGGAUGAGGAGCGAUAUCAGCGCUUUGCACGGCAGUGGGAGGAGAAAUUUCAAGUCAAGCGCGCUGUCAUUGUUGCCUUGCCGCUGCGUUGAGCGGAUCCCUCGAUGCUGCUCCAGGGGACAUUUAUUUAGCAAGAAACCGUGAAAAUAGGUGGAUUAAAAAAUCGGCGCAUCUUUGCGCUUCCGGCGUUAACCGCGACACACUGAUGCUCCGAGCCGGCAGGAUGGACGAGUUUGUGACGGAAGAAGAUGAGCCGUGGUACGACCAGAGAGACCUGGAGCAAGAUCUGCACUUGGCAGCUGAGUUGGGGAAAACCCUGCUGGAGCGCAAUAAGGAGCUGGAGGACUCGCUGCAGCAGAUGUACAUCAACAAUGAGGAGCAGGUGCAGGAAAUCGAGUAUUUGACCAAGCAGAUGGAGAUGUUGCGCGAGAUGAACGAGCAGCAUGCUAAAGUGUACGAGCAGUUGGAUGUGACGGCUCGAGAGCUGGAGAUAACCAAUGAAAAACUGGUGCUGGAGAGCAAAGCUUCUCAGCAGAAGAUUGACAGAUUGACAAGUACUAUGGAGAUGCUGCAGGGGCAGGUGGACACGCUAACUGCUCGUGUGGAGGAGUUGCGCACUUUGGAAGAGCUCAGGGUUCGCAGAGAGAAGAAAGAGAGGAGAAAGACUGUGCACACGUUCCCCUGCCUCAAAGAACUCUGCACCGCUCCCAGGUACGAGGAUGGUUUCAUGGUGUCUGACCCAGGCAGCGGUGACCUACAAGUGUGUCAGCCUGCUGACGAAGUGAACGAACAUCUGCGUGUGAUGGUGUCAUCUUUGCGCGCCUCUGUGGCGGCCGAACGCGGACGGCGCGAGGCCGCUGAGCGGGAAUGUGGCACGGUGCUACAGGAGUUUGAGCGGCUGGAGCAGCGCCUCAUGGGGGCCGAGAAUUGCCAGCGGCGCGUGCACGAGCUAGAGGCGGAGCUCCAGGAGAUGCAGCAGCUCCGCAAGUCCCGAGCCUGCCUCCUGAGCGGAGACGAGGGCCUGGAGCAGACGCUGCUCAACUGCGCACCCGAGACGGACACGCCGGAGGAUGCAGUUAUGGCUGGAACGCAGAACGGUGAUGCGAAUGAUGGAGCUGCACCCGUCCGGAAGAGUUGCAGUGAUACGGCUCUAGAUGCCAUCUCUGCGGUCGACGCCUCAGGGAGACGCAAAGGCAGCUACGCGCUUCACGCCAACGGUGUCCGGAAGAGGGGCAUGUCCAUCCUCCGAGAGGUGGAUGAGCAGUAUCACGCCCUUCUGGAGAAGUACGAGGAGCUGCUCGGGAAGUGUCGGCGCCACGAGGAGAGUCUAUGCCACGCUGGGGUGCAGACCUCCCGGCCCGUGUCCAGAGAUCCGUCCAUGAAGGAAUGCAGGGCUGCAGAGCCCCAGCAGCCGCCCACUCCACCGCAGACGCCCUCGACUCCAGAGGCCCUGGAGGGCCUCAGCCGGCAAGUGGAGGCUGUGGACAAGCGGCUGAGCCACAACACUCCAGAGUAUAAAGCCCUCUUCAAGGAGAUCUUUUCCCGCUUACAGAGGACCAAGAGCGACAUAAACUCCACCAAAGGGAGGAAAAGCGGAAAAUAGCCCAUUUGAUUUCUGAUUUCUUUCCCUUGUCUUUCAUGUAAUGUCUUACUUUUUUUUUUUUUAAACUAGUCAGAAAGAGGUUUAGAUACAUCUGUUAUUUAGUACAGCUCAUACAUGAAUUAUUUGGUGCCACACAUCAAGAGAUAAAUGGUGGUUUUCUGGACGUUUUGAGUCUAAUGUGCUUUUGCCGGGUUGGCCGUUUAGGGUAGACCAAAUUACUUACUAUCGGUUAAAAUGUAACCAUAAUCACCCUAAAGUUGAUCAAGCACAGGAAGACAUGAUUAUUUCCUUUCUCACAUGUAUUACAUGUUACAGAUAACCACAGCAUUGUGUAACCACUUUUGUUCAAUAUUAAAUCACACUUUGCAAGGUUGUUUGAUACAUUUAUUACCAUGAGCGUGGAUGAAUGAGUGGAGUGAUCAGGAUGGAUCGGCUGUAGGGUUGUGUCUAGAUGGAAACCCUUGUUCUGUGAAAAAUCUCACAUGCAACAUUUGAAGACUCUUGCAGCAAUCCUUGUCUUCAUGUACCGCCCACAGGCUGACCACAUGAUGCACAUUUCACACAAAACUGGCCCGCAAUAGCAGAAAACCACUAGUUCUAAUCUGGCUGACUUUAUGUAAUGUCUGGGAGUUUGGGUGAAUCCACAAGGAACUAAAGGUGCUCACAAAGUUGCUGUAAUCGAGGAAGCACUAGUUACAGGACUUGUUAAGGUUUAUCAGGUUAGUGCCAUCAGGUCUUGCUCAGAAGAUAUCCAGAGUGUUGUUUUAGGCACUUAAUAGUAAAAGACACCAACAAGCAGAACUUUGAAGUUUAUAGCAACUGGUUCUUUCACUACCAGAUACACUGAUCACAAAGUCUCCAUACAUUUGUUUCUACAUCGGCCCAUUUUUGGUGUUGUCAACCAUUUUGAGUAACCCCAUUCCUCAUAAAGCUGAAAAUAUACUUCCCUUGUAGCCCAAUUUUUGUGUCUGCGUGGACAACCGGUCCAGUAGGUCAGGGAUGGGCAGCUCCAGUGUCCUGCAGAGUUUAGCUCUAUCCCCAUUUAAACAGUUCAGGGAUCAGGACUACACUCUGCAGGUCACUGAACCUCCACAACCAAAGUUGCCCAUUUCUGCACUAGGUAGUAUGCUUGCACUGAACAGGCCCAUCCACGCUCAUUGACAACGGAUCAUACUUUGAAUGGCUGGUGUGCUCAAUGGAGUGAACACAGACUAACCAGACCUUAUGCCAAUAAUCAGCAGUCCUAAGCUCGGUGGCACCAAGUUUUAAUAGUAAAGUUUUGCAGAACAAGGCUUACCAUCUAGACCUCACCCUGAAGUAAAAAAACAAAAAAAACA